AACCACUUUAACAUCAGUAAACACUAGACUCAUACGCAGUACUGCUGCUGCAAAAUAAACAAAAUGCAGUCCGGCAUAUCUGUCUCACAAGAUCUACACGAUGCCUUCCAAGCAUUCACCUCCGACGAUUCGGCGUUCGCAUUACCCAUAACCAUCGACUCCGAAAGCCUCCAGCCACGACCCCCAAUCCCCUUCGCAGAGUCCUCCUUCUACUCCUCUCUACCACAACUUCAAUCUAUCCUCGAACCCAGAACGCCGCUUUUCCUGGUUCUGCGUCAUCAUUCACCCGCCGUCAGUGGCCUGUUGGCAUUAACCUACAUCCCUUCGAAUGCGGGUGUUAGAGCAAAGACGUUGUUUGCAUCGACCCGUGCAACGUUGACGCGAGAACUGGGCAGUGAGAAGUUCGCGACUACAAUCUUUGCGACAGAGGAGGAAGAAGUUUACGGUGAAGAUGCGUGGAAGGAGCGUGAUCUAGAAGGAAAUGGGACAUCUACAGCGUCGUUCAAGAGGGAGGACUUGAUGGAUGAAAAGGAGAGGGAGUUGGAAGCUGUUAGACGCGCAGAAGAGGAGGCUAGACACGGUACGGCUGGAAGAGAUGUCGGUACUGGUGGAAGUUUGGGACGAGUUAGUGGGAUUGCUACGGGGGGUGGGAUGAGGGUAAAUAUGCCUGUGGAUGAAGAUGCGAAGACUGCGUUGCGGAAUAUACAGGAAGAAGGAUUGGUUCAGCUGUCCAUUGAUGUCAAAUCCGAAAGCAUCAAACUUAACGCUACCGAGUCGAAUGUUUCGCCAAGUGCUGUGGCAUCGCAUAUAUCGGACUCUUCGCCGCGAUAUACUUUCUACCGCUAUCCUGGAUCGACCAUUGUAAUCUUCAUUUACACGUGUCCGUCCGGAUCAUCAAUCAAAGAAAAGAUGCUGUAUGCAAGCACGCGUCGGGUAGCGAUUCAAAUAGGCGAGGCCGAGGGUAUCCAAAUUGACAACAAGGUAACGAUCAUUCAACUCCAUUAUUGAAUUUAAUACCAUGUCUGACUAUGAUUAAAGAUCGAAGGAUCUUCGCCGGACGAAAUCACUGCAGCAAGACUGCAGGAAGAGGUCACUCCACGACAGGACGAAGGACCAAAACGCGGAUUCGCUAGACCCAAGCGUCCCGGUCGGUAGAUGAUGUCGUUAGAUCCAGUCAGGCGAGUAGAUGUAUGCAUUUGAGAUAGCCUUUGUUAUUCCUUCAUAUCCCAUUCCGCUAUGCUUGAACUUUUCUGUCUCAUGAAGACGAGCUUGAUGAACCGUAUCAAGCGCAUAUAUGUAGAAGAUCGGACGACUAGUACUGCUGAUUCCGAAAAUUCUUCUUUUGGUAAAACAAAUCCGUCCUCGAACUACCCAGAUUAAUAAUCUUCGGACAUCCGUCGCGAUCUUUCUCAAGACGGGUACACUGGAAACAAUAAAAGGCGUCGCUGAUCCCCUCCCCACCACAGACAAUGCAUUUGUUCUGAUAGUUUCCAAAAGAGCAUUCGUCGCAGACGCGCACAAGAGUAGUUGGGCGCACGUACGAGUCGCAGACGGGACAUCUGCCAUCGCAUUUGUCGCAGACGCGGCCGAUAGAGAUGCCGGGUUGUUUGCGGCACAUGACGAGAUCGGGAUGAUGGCGAGACAUUUUUUUCUGUUUCUUUCUAUCUUCGUUUGUUUGGUAAUUGUUUGAUCGACGAUAGUAAUCCGGUUGAGUAGGAGUGUUGAGAUAGGUAGGUAUUUAUAUGCAGU